AUGGUGAUCUCGUGUUGUCUUUCGAAGGUACUGAUUCAGCCCCCCAUGACGGUAGUAUCUGAAGCCCGGAUCUCAAAGACGCCGUGGUCCGUCCGUGCUGGGCAAAGAGAGAGGGGACAGGGGAAGAGGUCAAAUAUCCCGCCAGCCGCCUCGGCCAGAGGGAGCAGACAUCAUGUGAUGCAGGAGGAGAGCUGUGAUGAUAUGGAAUGUGGUCAGCUGCCUUCAGACGCUCUCCGACAGGUGAAAAUCCAGCGUGACCCCCUCUACGGCUUUGGUUUCGUGGCCGGCAGCGAGAGGCCAGUGGUGGUGCGCUCGGUAACAGCAGGAGGCCCCUCUGAGGAUAAACUCUUGGCAGGAGACCAGAUUGUGGCCAUAAAUGAUGAGGAUGUGAGUGAAGCCCCCAGAGAGAGAUUCAUUGACCUGGUCAGGAGUUCCAAGGACUUCAUCAUCCUCACUGUGCUGCAGACUCACCAGUCCCCAAAAUCCGCUUUCAUCAGUGCAGCCAAGAAGGCGAAACUGAGAUCCAAUCCAGUGAAGGUCCGAUUUUCAGAACAGGUCACGGUUGGUGAGACAGAUCCAGAGAUGUUGAAGAAGGAAGCUCUCCUCCUCAUCCCCAAUGUAUUGAAGGUUUUCCUGGAGAACGGGCAGAUCAAGUCAUUCACAUUUGAUGGCCGAACAACUGUCAAGGACGUGAUGGUGACGCUACAGGACCGCCUCUCCCUGAGAUACAUCGAGCAUUUUGCCCUGGUCCUGGAGUAUUCCAGCCCAGAGCAGAGCCACAAGUUCCUCCUCCUCCAGGACAAGCAGCCCCUGGCCCACGUGGUGCAGAGGACACAUUAUCAGGGGAUGCGAUGCCUCUUCCGUGUGAGCUUCUUCCCCAAAGACCCGGUGGAGCUGCUGCAUCGAGACCCAGCAGCGUUUGAGUACCUGUACAUCCAGAGCCGCAACGAUGUGAUCAGGGAGCGCUUUGGGAUGGACCCCAAGCCAGAGACGCUGCUGAGUUUGGCUGCCCUCCAUAUCUACAUCACCGUCUCCGCCACCCGGCCAGCCCAGAAGGUGUCCCUCAAAACUGUGGAGAAGGAGUGGGGGCUGGAGCCGUUUCUGCCUCCUUCACUUCUGCAGCUCAUCAAAGAGAAGAGCCUUCGGAAAUCUCUCUCUCAGCAGCUGAAGGCCCAUCAGGACCAGCCGCCCAGUGGCACCAAGGUUUCAACAACCCAGGCAAAGCUCCAGUAUCUGCGGAUCUUGAAUGAGCUUCCGACCUUUGCAGGAGUCCUCUUCAACACAGUGGGACUGGACGAGAAGCAGCCGGCCACCAUGCUCCUGGUGGGCCCCCGCCACGGUAUCAGUCAUGUCAUCGACCUGAAGACCAACCUCACCACGGUGUUGUCAGAGUUCAGCAAAGUCAGCAAAAUCCAGCUGUUCAGGGAAAACCAGGGUGUGGCACGAGUGGAGACCAGCAUCCUGGAUGCCAAGCCACUGGUGCUGCUGAUGGAGUGGCCCGAAGCCACCAAUUUUGCCUGCCUGCUAGCAGGCUACUGCCGCCUCCUGGUGGACACCAAGAAGAUGAUCUUUUCUAGGCCGUCCAGCCAGCCACCACCUCCUCAGAUUUCCAAGGCAGAUUACAUCAACGCGCACAACAUCCACCGGCCGGCUGCAGUGGGGCACUCGGGAAAGAAAGAGAGCGGGUUCUUGGGUGGCGCUGCCUCCAGCCCCAGGGAAUCCAGCCCUCGAGUUCCCAAGGGGUUGGACUCGGAGCUCGUCAGCUUUUGUUACCUGCACAUGCGGGAGCAGAGGAAGCAGCGAGAAAACAGGACAGACAUCAAUGAAAACCUGAUCUUCUUUGAGGAAACCAGGCCCAGGACCAAAUCCGACCCCACUUCCAAAAGCUCCGGCCAAGGCUAUGACGGUGUUGCCAAUGAGUACAACCCGGAUGGCCUUGACCGGGACCACCAGGCAAGUAGGGCAAGGGCCAACACCAUGGACAACCACAUGAGGAACGAUGCCAUGCACUUCUACUGUAACUCCUGCAAAGCCAAACUCAAGAGCCGGCUGGCCUCUCGGAAAGGUGGCAAGCCUGGCAGCUCCCAUGACAACAUAGUGGACUUGAUGUCCCUCCCGCCUCCGGGGAGCGAUGAGGAAGAGGACGAGACCACUGCCCUGCUCCCCGCUAUCGCUGCCCCGCCUCCGGGUUUUCGAGAUAAUAGCUCUGAUGAGGACGACCCCAAGCGCAGGGCUGCCACGCAGAGCCAGGAGCAGGGCCGGCACCUCUGCGGCAUCCUGUACGAUGAGAUCCCCGUGACGCUGAUAGACAGCGUGCAAACGCGGACAGUCCGAGACCACGCCCAGGAGCUGGAUGAUGCCCUGGUGUCCACCCUGCAGGCUCUGGAAGCCCUGGCUGCUUCGGAGGAUUGUCCGCACCCCCAGCCACAACAGACAGCAGGUCUGAUUGUUCUGGCUGCCAUCACGCCCGAGUCCUCCUUGGACUCCGGCCACGAAACCAACUCCUCAGAGCUAACCGAUGUCUCAGAGAUGGUCUCGGCCAUGAAGCAGCACCAGAACGCCGCCUACUUCCUGGCCCAGCAUAUCAACAAAGAAAAGCUGCUCGCCAGGAAGGACCUUCCCUUCCGAAUCCAGAGCUGUGCUGCCCAAGCCGUCCUCACCUCGCCAUACCUUCUGGGGCGCCAGGAGCCAGGCCCUUCCCUGAAGCCAGCUUUCUCUAACCAGCCCCCCAGCCUCGCUUGCGGCAGGAUUAAGCAGGAGCAGCAGCACAGAGAGCAGAGUUACACCUUGGCUGUCCAGCCAGUGCGCUCACCGCAGCUGAAUGAGCAAAAGAACAGGGGCAUGACAAUGCCGGGCUCCGAAUGCAAAGGCCCCAGCCACUCAAAAGCAGCCUUUGAAGUGUCACUGCACACUGCGGCUGCCUUGAGCAGGGACCAGGUGCAGGAUCUACGGGAGAAGAUGCCCAAAGAGGUCCGGCUGAGCCCUAAACUAACCCUGGAUCCUAAGGGCGGAGUGACCAUUUCAGCUGCUCUGCAGCAAGUGGUAAGCAGCAAAGGCUCCCCUGCCCAAGUGGCAGCCGUGGUGGCUAGUCCUCAAGCAGACAAGCAGGCCAGUGGGAGUGGCAGCUGUGUGCCUUCCAGUAGCAAGCAUUUAAAAUUUAAAGGGAGUCAGCCAGCUGUGGAGACCUUGUGCGACUGCCAACUGCAGCCGCAAGGCAAAGCCUCUCUGAGCCCGAAAGAGCCUCAUGGCAGUAGGGGCGAUGCUUUCCAUUCCUCCCCUGUGGGUGGCGAAAGACUGCAGCCCAAGACUUUUCUUUCGAAGAGCUACCCGCAGAAAGUGAGCGGAGACUCUGGAGGGAAGCCGGCAAGUGGGGAGCCAGGUCAAAAAGCAAAAGGUGACGCUGCUAACCCCGUCUACCAGAAACACAUUGGUCCUGCGAGCCAAGGGGAGGAAAUGCAGCAUGAAAGUUGUGCCAAAAGCUUAAAAACAGAGGGUAGCAGUCUGCACUCUCCGUCCACCAGUGGUACUUCCAAGAGCAUCAGCGAGGAUCCCAAAGGGCAGAUCCAGCUGGUGUCCAGAUCUGAGGGCUUGCAGAUUAGCACCGUGCCUUCCAAGAAAGCAGAAAAGGUCCUGGAGGUGACCCAGCAGGACUCUGACGUUCCAGCUAAACCCAAAGCCCCGAAAGCCCACUUCAGGUUGAGGAAGCUGUUUUCCGCCACCUUCCCAACGCGGCUGAAGAAGGAGACGGACGAGCGGCAGGCCCAGCUGCAGAAGGUGAAACAGUACGAGCUGGAAUUCCUGGAAGAGCUGCUCAAGCCAAAGACCAAAGGUGACCUCCCGCCACCGGAAUACCUGCACCCUUCUGUGCCUGGGCGCUGCAGCUGUCAGCUGAAAAGCAGCCCUGUGCAGAAAGUCCCAGGGAUGUCCAGGGAGCAGAGGCGCAGCUGCGACUGCAAGCGGAUCUGCAGAGGGGUGAGACCGCACCCCAACCAGAUAGCAGCACCGGAGCUGGAGAGGCGAGGGAGGGAGAAGGCCCCUGACAACCAGAAGCAGGCUGAAGCAGGUAGACUUACAAGCAUGAGCAGCCCUUCUAAGAGCAGGCGGAUACGAUCCACAAGCUUAGAGUCCAGAGACUACCGGUCAGAUCCAGAGAAUGGCAUGUCUUGUUUGACAACAUGCACCUCCCGUGGAGAGUGCAUGGGGGCACCACACUACAAGAAGCUGAUGCGCCGCUACAGUGUCAGCGAAAUAGACCAGACUGACCGAACAUCUCUUUCCUCUGACAUCUACCAGGACACCUAUCCAGCCAAGCAGACAGGCCUGCAGAGUGAGGGUGACGCCGGGGCCCAUAGCUCUGCGCCUAAGAGCAAGAUCCAGGAAUCCCCAAGAACAGGUGACCCAUCUUAUGUUCAAACAGCACAGGAGAAGAAGAGCCAGAAGGGCUCAACGGCUUUCUCCAUCCAGGAGGAGAUGUACCCUAGUCACGCUGAGCUGCCGGAAGAAGACAUGGAGGACAAGAAGUGCUGCUCCAUCCGGUAUUGCUUCUACUAUAGGAAGUGCGACGUGGCAGAUGAUGGGAGUGAGAAGGAUGAGCUCUCUUAUUCCAUCCCCAUGCAGAUCCUGCCAGGCAUGAAGCUGGACAAUCAGAUGGUCCCGGUAAUGAGCAGGACCCUUCAGGUCCUGGAUGCCACUGCCUGCAGCAGCCCUGAGGACAGCCAGACCCAGGAGAUAGACUUAAGGACCUCCACCUUUGAGGGGAGCCUGGCUAAGGUCCAUGCCCUUCGAGGCCAUGCCUAUGCGUUGCCAGACGGGUUUCUGGCAGUGCAACUGGACACUAACGAGCUCCUGACCAUCCUAAGGCAGUGCGUGGUGAGCCCCGAAAUUCGGGACUGCAAACCCUACAUCUCCCAGCUGGCCGAAUACAAGCAAGAGCUUGCCCUGAAGUUCAAAGAAUUCAGGGCCUCCUGCCGCAGGGUGGCAGCUGUGGACAAGAGCCCGACGCACAUGCUCUCAGCAAUCACAAGCAGCUUCCAGGUGCUGAGCAGCCUCAUCGAGACAUUCGUGAAGCUAGUGUACAUCGUGCGUUCUGAGUCCCAGCGCCAGGAGCUGCUGACCAAGGUGGAGGAGGUGGUGCGGAAUUACACCUUCUUGCUGAGGGCGGCAGAGGAGUCGACAGCCAGAACGCUGAGUCACCACCAGACGGCGGAGCAGCAGUCCCGCCAGUCAGCCACGGUUGCGACUGUUAUGAGCACAUUCACCCGCUCCUUGAAGACGCUGAUCAAUAAGUAA